AUGAAAAACGUUUUCUUUUGUUUUUUGACCCUCACUGCUAUUUUCACAAGUUCUGUCUUCGCUCAAGUGAAACCAGAGGAAUUUCUACUCCAAUAUGGUUAUUUGAAAGAAAAGACCGGGGCUAACAGAGCUGAGAAUCCGACCCCCGAGGAAAUACAGAACGCUAUUUUUCAUGCUAUAAAGCGCGGCCUUGAAAGGUGGUCACGUGUCACUCCACUGGUUUUACGGGAGACAAGCGGAAAAGCCGAUAUUAAUAUUUCAUUCGAGAGAUUGAACCACGGUGACGAAAAUUUUAAAGGGAGGGGUAAGUUCAGAGAAUGGCUUUUGCUGUCUUCUUUGUUUCUUUCUUUCUUGUCUAUCUAUUCUCCUUCUCUGUCAUAUUACUCUCUGUACUCCUCUUUCUCUCUCUCUCUCUCAAUAUUUAUUCUUCUUUCUAAAACCCUUUUCUUCUCUCCUUCCUUGUCUCAUUCUUCUUUCUAUCGCCCUUUACUUUAUUCUCUUGCUCUUUCUCUCUUCUUUCUUUCUUUCUUUUUUCUUACUUUCUUGUUUUUCACUUUGAUUUUCGUUUCCUCAACAACUUAUUUCUUUCUUGUUUUCUUUGUAGUUUCUCCCUCUCUCGUAUUUCUCUCUACCCUCCUCCUCCUCUUUCUAUCACCCUUUUCCUUUCUCCGCAUCCUCCCCCCUCGUCUCCUAUGUGUCAUAUUGUUCUUCUUUCUACCGCCUCCUUCCUUUAUACUCUUGCUUUCCCCCUCUUCUUUCUUUCUUUCUUUCUUUCUUUCUUUCUUUCUUUCUUUGAUUUCGUUUUUUCAACAACUUAUUUCUUUCUCGUUUUCUUUCUCUUCUCCCUACUCUCAUAUUUCGUUCUACCCUCCUCCUCUUCUUUCUAUCACUCUUUUCUUUUCUCUGCAACCUCCUCUUCUUCCUAUGUGUCAUAUCCUUCUUCUUCCUAUCGUUUCCUUUCUUUUUUCUUUCUUUCUUUCUUUCUUUCUUUCUUUCUUUCUUUACUUUGAUUUCGUUUUGUCACUAACGUAUUUCUCGUUUUCUUUGUUGUCUCCCCCUCUCUCAUAUUUCUCUCUGCUCUCCUCCUCCUACUCUUCUUUCUAUCACCCUUUUCUUUUCUCCGCAUCCUCCGCCUCUUCCUCUUUCUCAUAUCUUUCUUUUCUAUCGCCUCCUUCCUUUAUACUCUUGCUUUUCCUCUCUUUUUCUUUCUUUCUUUCUUUCUUUCUUUCUUUCUUUCUUUCUUUCUUUCUUUCUUUCUUUCUUUCUUUCUGUGUUUGA